AUGUUGGAGCUUCGUCACCAUGAAUCAUUCGAUGAACCAAAAUCUGCUGUUGUCUUGGCUCUAGAGGCAGUCUAUGAGGCAAUAAAGAGUCGACUCAUAGUAUCACCUGGCGAUAAAUCAGGUAUUAUUCUCUAUGGGACAAAGAAGACAUCUGAUGCUGCAUUUGCUUGGUGCAAUAUUCUGAUGCCACUAGGUGCCCCAUCAGCAAGCCAACUACGAAGAGUUCGAAGGAUAAUCGAAAGUAAGUUUCAUUGA